AUGUAUGAAGCAAGCCGUGAGCUUGUGUGGUUGAGGAACAUGACCGGCCACGUCCGUGUAGAGAGUGGUUUGGCCGUGGGAAAGGAAGAGCCAACAAUCAUCUAUGAGGACAAUGCAGCUUACAUAGCUCAACUCAAAGAUGGAUACAUCAAAGGAGAUAGGACAAAGCAUAUCUUGCCCAAAUUCUUCUUCACCCACGACUUGCAGAAGGCCAAAGAAGUUCAAGUGGUUCAAGUUCGGUCCAGUGACAAUUCAGCCGAUCUUUUCACCAAGUCUUUGCCAACCUCAACGUUCAAGAAGUUUAUUUAUCAGAUAGGAAUGCGCCAACUGAAGGAUCUUCAGUGA